AUGUUCGAGUACACGACCGUCACGCAGCGCCUCAACACGCUCAAAGAGUUUCGAACAAUGUCCAUUACCCCCUUCCCGAUCCAGCGCCUCCGUAAUGCGCAGUGGACCGUCGUUCAGACCGACGAGCUGCUUCCAGGCGAUGUUGUCUCCAUCGUUCGCCUACGAACAGUUUCCGCGGAAUGUGGUUCGGUCUCGGAUGACACGGUAUCGUGCUAUUGGUGGUGUUGA